AUGGAGGACCAGGGGAACGUCAAGGGGGGAUGCCCCCAGGGGGACAGCGAUGAUCCGAAGCAUUCCCCGCAGCGUGAUUUGCAGCAUGACCAGCGAGAUGACCCCGACGGGGGAGACCGCCGCGGGGAGCGAAAACUGAAGCUUCUAAUCGAAGGAAAAAUGGUGGAGACGAAAAACGCAGUGGAUUUUAUAAAGCCUCUGAAGGAUGACAUCAAAGCAUUGGACUUCCUGCUCUUCGACAUGCUGAAGGAUAACCUCCCAAAUAAGUUAUUUGAGACGUUAUGUACGAUUCACGACAUGUCAGAAAAGUACAGUGAAAAUCAAACGCAGGAAAAUUUUAACUCCUUAAAAGACUCCAUUUACAAUUUAGAUGAUGAAUACCUCGGCACCAUUGUGAAUGCAUUUGGCCACAUGUGUAUUUUGUCCAAUUUUGCAGAAUGGGCUCAUAGAGGAAGGAGGAGAAAGGCCUUCGAUAUGUCCUUCACUCCGAACGAAAGAAUAUACGGAUCAGUGUAUGAGACGCUAAAGGGAACAUUCGACAUGCUGAUAAAGAGCGGUUUUGACAUCAGCCAAAUUUAUGAGCAACUGUGUAAUCAGACAAUAGACUUCGUAUUGACGACCCAUCCAACACAAGCCAUUCGGACGUCCCUCCUGAAAAACUACAUACAGCUAGCCGAAUUGUUAUUAAAGCUGGACAAUACAGAUAAAGAAUUGUACAAGAAAAAAAUCCUGUAUGAUAACUUGAAAACGUAUUUGCUAACCGCAUGGAAGACAGAUGUCAUCCGAAGGAUUAAACCUACCCCCAUCGAUGAAGCCAUUUCUCUAGUCGACAUAGUGGAGAAUUGCAUCUUCUACCGCAUCCCAAACAUUAUCAGAUACAUAGAUAACGUUUUUUACGAGUAUAAUUUACCUCCAGUUAAGUUAGAGUCAAAAAUUUGUCUCUUCUCUUCAUGGGCAGGAGGAGACCGAGAUGGGAAUCCAUUCGUUCUCCCCGAAACGACGAGGUACGUUUGUUAUAUGAACAAGAUAAGGGGCUGUGAGCUAUUCAUUCCGAUGGUGGAAAAGUUGAUUAGAGAUUUGACUCUACACCAUUGCACUCAACAUUUUAAGACGUAUGUGAAGCACCUCGAAGAUGAGGUCUCUCAAUACAUUUUUGACCAAGAUAGGAAAUACCUGGCGCAGAAGUUCCACUGGUUUUCUCCAUUUUCGAAAUCUAACAAAAGCGAAAUAUAUAGGAGAGCCCUUCUAGUUGUCUGGGCUAAGCUAAAGAGUACCGUCCAAGUGUAUAAGUCUCUCAUUUCGCACCAACCUGUGGAUACCAAUUUCGAAAGGCUAAUGUUUAACUGCUCAGAAGAAUUUGAGGAGAUCCUUAUGGAAUGUUAUAGAAGUCUGUCCGAUUCUGGAAAUGCUCUCAUUGCUGAGGGGUACCUAAAAGAUGUCAUUCGAAAUGUCAAGAUAUUUGGUCUGCACUUGAUGAAGCUGGACAUUAGACAAGAAUCGGAGAAGCACAUUCAGGCCAUGGAUUACAUCUGUGAGAAGCUACAAAGUGGGAAGUACUCCCUCCUAUCUGAGGAGGAAAAAAUCGACUUCCUUACAGAUAUUCUCCAAUCCAGCAGACCAUUAAUACCGAACAAUAUAGAGCAGGAACAAGACGUUCCUAGUGAUUUCCUAAACGUGAUAAAAACGUUUGAUGUGUGUUCUCAAAUUGAGGAGAGUGCACUAGGAGCAUACAUUGUCUCCAUGUGUAAUCACGCAUCGGACAUCUUACUAGUGGAGGUAUUUCAGAAGGAGCUGAAAAAAAAUGCACAGAGAAAAACACAGAGGGUUGUCCCCCUCUUAGAAACGAUACAGUCUCUCCAGAUGUCUUGCACCAUUUUGGAAAACUUAAUUAAGAACCCAUGGUAUAGAACCCAUUUGAGAACCCACUUUGAUAACAAGCAAGAAAUUAUGAUUGGCUACUCCGAUUCGGGCAAAGAUGGAGGCAGAUUCACCUCUGCCUGGGAGUUAUUCAAAGCACAGGAGAAACUCGUACACAUAGGAAAGAAGUACUCUGUGGAGGUCCGCUUCUUCCAUGGCAGAGGUGGUAGCGUCAGCAGGGGAGGAGGACCACAGCAUUUAGCCAUCCUCUCUCAACCAAUCAAUACGAUAAAGAACUACCUUAGGGUGACCAUACAGGGGGAAGUCAUCACGCAGGAUUUCUGCCUAAAGGGAAUGAUGCUACGAUCGAUAGAGACGUAUAUGAGCGCACUCCUCAAAUGCUCCCUCUUAAAAAACACAGUCAUGGUGAAAGACGAAUGGAGAGAGCUGAUGGACGAAAUGAGCCAACUGACAACAAAAGAGUACAGACACGUCGUCUACGAAAAUAACGAUUUUGUGAAUUACUUCAGAUGUGCAACUCCGCAGAUCGAAAUAGGGAAGCUCAAUUUGGGAUCAAGACCAUCCAAGAGAAAACAAGGAAAUGUAGAAUCGCUUAGAGCAAUCCCUUGGGUCUUCUCCUGGACACAGAACCGAAUACACCUUCCCGUUUGGCUUGGCAUAGAAAAGCUGUAUGAUCACCUCAUAGCAAAGGGAAAAUUAGGCCUCUUGCAGGAUAUGUACCGAAACUGGCCUUUCUGCACCAGCUUCUUCAACCUAAUCAGCAUGGUUAUGGCCAAAGCGAGCUUGCAAAUAGCUGAAGAGUAUGACAUUCUGGUCCCCGACGAGCUAAAAUACAUUGGAACCAUGCUGAGGGAGAAAUUGAAGAAGGCCAUGGAACUGACUGCUCUCGUUACCAACGAGAAGAGCUUCUGUGACAACGACAUACUGACGAAGCGCUCCAUCGAGAGCAGGACCAAAUGGGUCGCCGUCUGCAACUUGAUUCAGAUUCAGGCGCUUAAGCGACUGCGGGAGAGGCAUCGCGAGUGGGAGCUAUCACAUGAAACAGAUCGAUCUAAGAAGAAUAGCGAUACCCCAACCGGAGAGGAACCAAUGCCUAGCCGAAGCGCUCACCCGAUGAAGGGGCACGAAAGUGAGGCAGACAACAAGUUAACCAAUUCAGCGUCGAAGGAUGAGCUGGAUAGCCAAUAUGAAAGUCCCAUCAGAGGGAGCAGCAGCAAGCGCAUCUACUCCUACUUGAGCAGGAAAAAAAGCAAAUUAAUUAAAAACCCAAAGUUCCAUCCCCUUCUCGAGUCAUACUCCUCCGCCUACCUACAAAGUGAGGGAGAAAAUGACUUUUUUUUUGACGAUUUACCGGAUAUGGGUCUGUCCCGUGGGAGGAGUGCAUACAAAACGAACGAUUGCACGUAUGACGAGGUGACGAAGACCUACAUUGAUUACACCUCCCUGAAUGAUGCCCUCAUAGUGUCCAUCAAGGCGAUAGCCGCGGGGAUGCAGAACACGGGCUAG